AGGAGGAAGAAGAAGGAGGAGGAGGAGGAGGCGCCCCGGCCGCCGUUGCCACGUCCCCGACGCCUUGUCCACCGGCGCCCUGACCCCUUCACCACCGCUGCCCUACGACGCCCACUAGAGAAGAGCCAGUCGGAGCGGCGCCGGAGUACCUCGGCGACCCCGAUCGCCUUCCUUGCCGCUGCGGGUCUGCCUGCACCGCGUCGCCUCGCCACUGCACCGACCCGCCACGGCCCCGCUAGCCUGACUCCACCGCCACCCUAGGUGAUUGAACAAAGAUGGUGGGCGGUGGGAUGAGGAAGCUAACGUCCUUGUACCGAAGGACAAUGACCGCUGCACCGGGGGAGAGUAGGAGGAGGAGCAGCCGCAGGAGGGAGUCGUCGCCUGCCGCCCCGUCGCGUGAGGAUGAGGAGGAGGAGCAGGUGCCCCAGGAGGACGCCGAGGAGGCGCAGGACGACGCGCAGGAGGACGACGAGGAGGCGCAGGAGGAGGCGCAGGAGGACGCGCAGGAGGUGGCGACAGCAGGGGGUUCCGCUUCCUCUAGUUCGUCGAGCGUCUACUUGCGAGGUCCCGCGAGCCUCCCUCAGCGACCGAUACCUCGUGAGAGACGCCCGCUGAUUCGACCCGAGGGGGAAAAGAACUGGACGAUUGUGGCGAGUGGAGGUGCUCACACACGCCAAGUCAAUGGCAUCCUCGGUCUUCUGUGCAAGGAGCACUUCCCUGGCCUGGUUGAGUACGCCGGAGUGACGGGGCCGGCCUACUCGUUUGACCACUACGCCGCCGCCCCCGAUGCUGCAGAUCGGGCCCGCAGGGUAUUCAACAACAAGGCGGAGCGGGUGAAGCAAGAGCUGUGGGAUUUCUUUAGAUGCCAGGACGGACAUGAGGCCAGGGCGGAUGCGGUGGCUACCAAAUGCUGCAAAAAACUCGUCGUGGACCUGCAUUACGAGGCGCGCAUCCAGGCCGUCGUAACUUACCACGGGACCGUCGUUGGAAUGAAGGUCACCAAAAGGGACGCAAGAACCAUGACGCUGACCCGGGACCAGUACCUGCAGAUGAUUCCUUAUUGGUGCGCCGCGCAUCCCUAGUGCUGGGAACAGAUGGUGGACAAGUGGUGCUCACGCGAGUGGGAGGAGACGCACAACUUGUGCCGGGAGCGGCGUUUGAUGAUGCCAGGUGUAGCACACCAUCAAGGCAGCCGCAACCUUAGCGAAUACGCACAAACAUGGUCGGCGUCACAUGGUGGCCAGCCUUGCUCCAUCUUCAAGGCAUUUGCUAUGGCCCACAAGGGCAAGGCGACGUCCGACGUCGACUACAACCCGGAGGACGGGCCCGAGGCGUACAGCAAUGCGACCGUCCACAACCGCCUUAGUGAGUACACAUCGAUGGCAAGGGAGGUCCAUGGGCCAGAGUACGAUCCGAGCACCGAGGACCUUGAUGGAGAAGUCGUCAUGAGGGUGGGAGGAGGCAAGAAGCAUGGGCGAUACUGGAUUGGCGACGGCGCAAUCGACUCGGCCGCUACUCCCAGUCUCUCCCAGAUUCGAGCAAGCAGCACGAGCACGAGCCCGGCCAUACGACCUCGGAAGGACACUUCACACCACCGGGUGGAGGCACUCGAGGCCCAGCUGGAACAAGAGAGGAGGAUACGGGAGCAAAUGCAGGCGACGAUGGAGAGGGUGGAGGCCGAGCGGGAGGCUGAGCAGCGGAGGAUGGUGGAGAUUCUUCAGUACAUGCAAAGUAUUGGCGCCGCUACGGGUGUAGCUCCGCCACCUUCGCUAUUCGCUCCACCUCCACCUCCUCACUAUUCUACUCCUAAUCAAUCGGCGGCAUCGAACGAUCCUCAUGCUUCAGCGAAUCCUUCACCAAAUCAGUUUCAUUGACCAUCUUGGUGAUGAUACUUGUGGUUGUUAAUGGUACUUCUAUUUGCAAUUAUGGUUGUAGAUGAUGGAGCACUUGGAUUACUUGUGAACUUAUUUGUGAUAUAUUGUGAGACAUGUGAUGUUUGUGAUA